AGUCCUCCCUCCACCCAAUCUCCAUGACGUCUCUCAGUCAAGGGAGGAGGAGCAGAGCCAGCCCCACGAGGCCAUGGAAGACAGGGUCACUUGUUCCUGCCAAGGAAAGAGGGUGGAAAAGUCAUUCAACUCAAGCAGAUCAAAGUUGUUUUGAGGCAGCAGGCAGACCCAGGACACCAAUGAACUGGACAUUUUUGAAAAUAUGCCAGCUUCUUUUGCUUAUAAGCACAAGGCCAUUGGUGUUCCUCAGGUGACUGGUGGUAAGAUUGGUACUUCAGGGGUACUGCUGCUACUAGAAAGCCCUACUUUGCAACACCAUGCAUUAGCCCAGAUCUAAAGGAAGAAGUUCUUGCUGCCAGGAUCCUCAGAUGCCCAUGAAGUGGCUUUCCAGGUGAUGGGGAGGGGCUUCAGCCCGGCCCCUUACUGCGUUUGUCAAAGCACAGACUUCCUGUUUUGCCUGCUAGCAUCUCCCUGUAACUCUUCCAGUCUUCGAGGAGUGAUCCCUGUCCCAGCCCCUGGAAAGGGGCAGGAACGACAAACUCAAAGUCCAGGAUGUUCACCAUGACAAGAGCCAUGGAAGAGGCUCUUUUUCAGCACUUCAUGCACCAGAAACUGGGGAUCGCCUAUGCCAUACACAAGCCAUUUCCCUUCUUUGAAGGCCUUCUAGACAACUCCAUCAUCACUAAGAGAAUGUACAUGGAAUCUCUGGAAGCCUGUAGAAAUUUGAUCCCUGUAUCCAGAGUGGUGCACAACAUUCUCACCCAACUGGAGAGGACUUUUAACCUGUCUCUUCUGGUGACAUUGUUCAGUCAAAUUAACCUGCGUGAAUAUCCCAAUCUGGUGACGAUUUACAGAAGCUUCAAACGUGUUGGUGCUUCCUAUGAACGGCAGAGCAGAGGCACACCAAUCCUACUUGAAGCCCCAACUGGCCUAGCAGAAGGAAGCUCCCUCCAUACGCCACUGGCGCUGCCCCCACCACAACCCCCUCAACCAAGCUGUUCACCCUGUGCACCAAGAGUCAGUGAGCCUGGAACAUCCUCGCAGCAAAGCGAUGAGAUCCUGAGUGAGUCGCCCAGCCCAUCUGACCCUGUCCUGCCUCUCCCUGGACUCAUCCAGGAAGGAAGAAGCACUUCAGUGACCAAUGACAAGUUAACAUCCAAAAUGAAUGAGGAAGAAGACUCAGAAGAGAUGCCCAGCCUCCUCGCUAGCACUGUGCAAGUGGCCAGUGACAACCUGAUCCCCCAAAUAAAAGAUAAAGAAGACCCUCAAGAGAUGCCCCACUCUCCCUUGGGCUCUAUGCCAGAGAUAAGAGAUAAUUCUCCAGAACCAAAUGACCCAGAAGAGCCCCAGGAGGUGCCCAGCACACCUUCAAACAAGAAAGGAAAGAAAAGAAAAAGAUGUAUCUGGUCAACUCCAAAAAGGAGACAUAAGAAAAAAAGCCUCCCAAGAGGGACAGCCUCACCUAGACAUGGAAUCCAAAAGAAGCUCAAAAGGGUGGAUCAGGUUCCUCAAAAGAAAGAUGACUCAACUUGGAACUCCACGGUAGUGACAAGGGCCCAAAAGACGAGAACUGAAUGUGUCCGAAAGUCCAGAUCAGAGGAGAUCAUUGAUGGCACUUCAGAAAUGAAUGAAGGAAAGAGGUCCCAGAAGACGCCUAGCACACCACGAAGGGACACACAAGGGGCAACCUCACCUGGGCAUGGCAUCCAAGAGAAGCUCCAAAUGGAGGAUAAGGUGACUCAAAGGAAAGAUGACUCAACCUGGAACUCAAAGGUCAUGAUGAGGGUCCAAAAAGCAAGAACUGAAUGUGCCCGAAAGUCCAGAUCGAAAGAAAAGAGAAAGGAGAAAGAUAUCUGUUCAAGCUCAAAAAGGAGAUUUCAGAAAAAUAUUCACCAAAGAGGAAAACCCGAAAGUGACACUGUGGAUUUUCACUGUUCUAAGCUCCCCGUGACCUGUGGUGAGGCGAAAGGGAUUUUAUAUAAGAAGAAAAUGAAACAUGGAUCCUCAGUGAAGUGCAUUCAGAAUGAGGAUGGAACUUGGUUAACACCAAAUGAAUUUGAAAUUGAAGGAAAAGGAAGAAACGCAAAGAACUGGAAACGGAAUAUACGUUGUGGAGGAACGACCCUAGGAGAGCUGCUGAAGCGGAAAAACUCGGAUGAAUGUGAGGUGUGCUGUCAAGGGGGACAACUUCUCCGCUGCGGUACUUGUCCACGAGUCUUCCAUGAGGACUGUCACAUCCCCCCUGUGGAAGCCAAGAGGACGCUGUGGAGUUGCACCUUCUGCAGGAUGAAGAGGUCUUCAGGAAGCCAACAGUGCCAUCAUGUAUCUAAGAUCCUGGAGAGACAGAUGCAGCCUCAGGACCAGCUGAAAUGUGAGUUCCUCCUCUUGAAGGUCUACUGUCAUCCACAAAGCUCCUUUUUUACGGGCAUCCCAUUUAAUAUUCGAGAUUACGGUGAGCCCUUUCAGGAAGCAAUGUGGUUGGACCUGGUUAAGGAAAGGCUGAUUACGGAAAUGUACACGGUGGCAUGGUUUGUGCGAGACAUGCGCCUGAUCUUUCGCAACCAUAAAACAUUUUACAAGGCUUCUGACUUUGGCCGGGUAGGACUUGACUUAGAGGCAGAAUUUGAAAAAGAUCUCAAAGACGUGCUCGGUUUUCAUGAAGCCAAUGGCGGCGGUUUCUGGACUUUUCCUUGACCCUGUUCUGUAAAGACUGAAGCAUCCCAACCUCAGGAUUCAGCCGAUGGGACCCUGGCCUGGACUGUUGAUUGCCAGUGAGUCUGGGAUGUAAUUGGCUGCCCUCAGGACCCAAACCCAGACACUUCAUAGGAUAAUCACACCCUCCACCAUCUUUAUUCUUUCUUUUUACCUUUAAAAGGCUAUAUCUACACUAAAAAAAAAAAAUGAAUACUUCCUUAAUACCAUCAGAUACCCCAUCACAGUUCUCAUCCUCCCCACUGUCUCAUAAGUCUUUUUAGAAUUGAUUUGUUCAAAUCAGGAUCUAAACAAGUUCCACACACUGCGUUUGGCUCACCUGUCCCUAUGUCUCUUUUAAGCUAUAAAUUGUCGUGUAUUUAUUGAAGAACUCAGGGUUUUGGUCCUAUUACAUUUUUUGCAAUCUGGAAUUUUCUGGUUGCAUUUUCUUAGUGGUAUAGUCCUCUCUUCCUCUCAUUUUUUGUAAGCUAGAAGUUAGAUCUAGAAGCUUGCUUUUAACUCAGGUUUCGAGGGGUUUGUUUUGAUUUCGGGUUGUUUAGGCACAUGCAGGCUCCACAGGGGAAUUUAGUAUUAUUUCUUAUGUUAAGCUUGGCAGCAGAUCCAGGUGUUAUCAGCCUGAGGAUCUAUCAUCUGAUGGUUUCAGCACUACCUAAAUCCAUGAUAACAUCAGGGGUUGCAAAAUGAUGAGAUUCAGAUUUUUUUUACAUCAUUAUUGGUCAGAAUUAUUCUGCAAAUAGCUUCUCUUUAACAAUAUUCGGUUACCUUGAAAUACAGGUUGUACAAAAAAUAGGAUAAAUGCUUCUUUUUUUAUUUAGCAAUGUUCAAAAUAAUGAAUUGAUUUCCUAAAAUCCUCUAAAGGUAACCAGGGAUUUUUUUUUAUUGAAUUAUCUUGAACCCACAUAUUUAAAUAUACUUAGUAUGCUACAAACCAUUGCAGUUAAUACCUUUAUUGAUGCUUGAGUUGCCCACAAUUUUUUUUUUUUUUUUUUUUUUUUGAGACAGAGUCUCACUCUGUCACCCAGGCUGGAGUGCAGUAGCAUCAUCUUGGCUCACCGCAACCUCCUCCUCCUGGGUGCAAGCGAUUCUCCUGCCUCAGCCUCCGAGUAGCUGGGAUUACAGGCAUGUGCAAGUUCCCCACUUUUAGUGAGAAACUCCUCAAUUUGCUUCCUGAGUUGUUUUGAAAUGACCCCAGAACUCUUUGAUGGUGUAUUAGCUAUCUAUUGCUGUGUAACAAAUGACCUCAAAGCUUAGCUGCUUAAAAAGAAAAAAAACCAUUUUAUUGCUCACUAUUCUGUGGGUCAAGAAUUCAGGCAUCAUCCAUGAGGAUGCUUACCUUUGCUCCACAUGGUACUGGCAGACCCCAUUCAUACUUGCACACUGUCACUUCUGCCAAAAUCUAUUGGUGAAAGCAAGUCACAGGGCCAGAUUCAGAAGGAGGGAGAAUAGACCCUACCUCUUGAUGCAAUGAGUGGCAAAGUCACAUUUCAAAGGAGAAUGUUGCUUGGGAAGAAACAUUGCUGCUCCCAUCUUUAGAAGCAAUCUACCAUAGUUCUCGCUCUGGCCACAGUAGUGCACAUCUUUCCCAUAUGCAAAGGACACUCCUCUCCCCACAGAAGUCUUACUCUCUGCAGCAUUGGAACAAAGCACAGGACCUCCUUAUCUAAAUCAGGUUCAGAUCAGAUAAAGCUUCUUGGGGCUGGGCACAGUGGCUCACACCUGAAAUCCCAGCACUUUAGGAGGCCGAGGCAGGUGGAUCGCUUGAGUCCAGGAGUUCAAGACCAGCCUGGGUAACAUGGCAAAACUUCAUCUCUACAAAAAAAAAAAAAAAAAUCUUUUUAAUUAGCUGGGCAUGGUGGCACACACGUGUAGUCCCAGCUACUCAGGAGGCUGAGGUGGAAGAUGAGCCUGGGAGGCAGAGGUUGCAGUGAGCCAAGAAUGCACCACUGCACUCCAGCCUGGACAACAGAGACCCUGCCUCAAAAAAAAAAAAAAAGGAAAGAAAAGAAAAGAAAUAGGCUCCUCAGGUAUGGUUCAUUGGGUGCAGCUCCUUGGGUGCACCUCCUCUUGAACUAGAGGCCUGUGAGCUGAAAAAUGGUUUCUUCCCUGCUGCCAACCGUCAGUGAUGAAACAGGGACUGAACAACCACUAUAGACACUUCCAUUCAAACGGGGAAAAAGGAAGCAGCAGUCACUCAUUUAUAGCAAUUCUGAAAUCCAGUAAAGCACAUGUUGCUAGUUCCCCCUAAUCUCAGGGCAGGAAAUUUUCCUUGAUACAUGAUUUGUACGUAUUAUACACCUCUAAUUCCCAUCCCAUCCCACAGGCUUCUUCCUUGUCUUCCUCAGUUCUAUAUUGGUGUCUCCGUUCUCCAACAGUAUUAUUUUCUCACUUGCUCAAUCCCCAGGUACAACAAUAAAAGUUAACAGAAUUUCAACACUCAGACCACCAUGAAAAACAAACUAAGUUGAUUUCUAAAUUUCUGUGGAGUUUAUUUUUGUUUGUUAUAGAUUUAAUAUACCAUUGCAGAGGGUAUUUAAUGUACCAUUGCAGAGGAUUUUACAUUUGUAUUUAUAAAUGAGAUUGGUCUAUAGUUUUUACAUACUGUCAUAGUCAGAUUUACGGUUAUCCUACCUCGGUAAAAUAACUUGCAAAAUUUUCUACCUUUUAAUAUGUUCUGGAAUAAUUUAUAGUGUUUUAAAUUAACC